GGGGGGGAGGGCUCUGGAGCGGGGGCUUGGAAGAAGCGGCUAAAGGAAGCGCGACGGCGGGAACCCGAGGGGGGAGAAAAUCCCAGCGAAAGGACCAGGCUUUUGUUAGGCGGCCGGGGGAGGGAGUAAAGGAAAAGAAAAAUGUCUACGGUGAAGAGGCCAAGAGGAAGGCCCCCUAAGAACACUAAUGGUUCCAGCAACCACACGCGAGUCGUCAGCACUCCAGUAAAGAGCAGUUCGUCAUCUUCCUCUUCUUCAUCGUCGUCAUCGUCGUCAUCCUGCUCUUCCUCUUUGGAGAAGAGGACCCUGAAGAAGUCGGCGCUAAUGGAGUCGAAGCUGGAAGACAAGCAAGAGAAGGCCAACCGGAUCAUCUCGGAGGCCAUCGCCAAGGCCCGGGAACGGGGUGAGAAGAACAUUCCACGGGUCAUGAGUCCCGAGAGUUUCCCCUCCUCUUCAGGACACAAGGCGCACCGUGCCAGCAGGGCCCGGCCCAAGCAGAAGUCCAUCAAGUCGGUGCGGAUAGUUGCUUCUUCCAAGCCCAAACAGAAGGCGAAGAUCGGGAAAAUAGUCAUCAAGUUCGGGAAGAAGAAAAAACGGAAGAAUGAGUCUUCUGAGGACUUGUCUGAGGAUGAGCACCCCCCGCGGCGGUCAACUAAGGAGGACGACUCGAAGAGAAGAUCGAACCGGCAGGUGAAGAGGAAGAAGUACGCUGAGGAUGGAGAGUCGAGGCUGUCGGACGAGGAGGUAAAGAUGAUCGUCAAAGCGAAGAAGACAUCCAGCGCUGGCCCGAAGGAGCCGGCCGUGCAGCUCUUCGUGGAGAACCCCAGCGAGGAGGAUGCCGCGGUUGUCGAUAAGAUAAUGUCGUCGCGCGUGGGGAAGAGAGAGGUGUCUCCCGGAGUCGUGGUCGAGCUUGAGGAGUACUUUGUAAAGUACAAAAACUACUCCUAUCUGCACUGCGAGUGGGCCACAGAGCAACAGCUGGUGAAGGACAAGCGCAUCCAGCAGAAGAUCAAGCGUUUCAAGAUAAAGCAGGCCCAGAGGGCUCACUUCUUCGCUGACAUGGACGAGGAGCCUUUUAACCCUGACUAUGUUGAGGUGGACAGGGUGCUGGAGGUGUCAUACUGCGAAGACAAGGACACUGGAGAGCCUGUGGUAUACUACCUGGUGAAGUGGUGUUCCCUACCUUACGAGGACAGCACCUGGGAGCUGAAGGAGGAUGUGGACCAGAGCAAGAUCGAGGAGUUCGAGCAGCUGCAGGCGGCGCGGCCCGAUCCCCGCAGGGUGGAGCGGCCUCCGGCCAGUCACUGGAAGAAGAGGGAACAAUCCCGGGAAUACCGCAGCAGCAACCGCCUCAGGGAUUACCAGCUGGAGGGCGUCAACUGGCUCCUGUUCAACUGGUACAACAGACGGAACUGCAUCCUGGCUGACGAGAUGGGCCUGGGCAAGACCAUCCAGUCCAUCACGUUUCUGGAGGAGAUAUACCGCACGGGCAUCCGGGGUCCCUUCCUCAUCAUCGCCCCCCUCUCCACCAUCGCCAACUGGGAGCGCGAGUUCCGCACGUGGACGCACCUAAACAUCAUCGUGUAUCACGGCAGCAUGGUCAGCCGGCAGAUGCUGCAGCAGUACGAGAUGUACUUCAGGGACUCGCAGGGUCGAGUGAUCCGAGGGGCCUACAGGUUCCAGGCGAUUAUCACCACCUUCGAGAUGAUCCUGGGCGGCUGCCCAGAGCUCAACGCCGUGGAGUGGCGCUGUGUCAUCAUCGAUGAAGCCCACCGCCUCAAAAACAAGAACUGCAAGCUGCUAGAGGGCUUCAAGCUCAUGAAUCUGGAGCACAAGGUCCUCCUGACAGGCACGCCUCUCCAAAACACGGUGGAGGAGCUCUUCAGCCUGCUGCACUUCCUGGAGCCCUCACGCUUCCCCUCAGAGAGCACCUUCAUGCAGGAGUUUGGGGAUCUGAAGACGGAGGAGCAGGUCCAGAAGCUACAGGCCAUCCUGAAGCCAAUGAUGCUGCGGAGAUUGAAGGAGGAUGUGGAGAAGAAGCUGGCGCCCAAGGAGGAGACCAUCAUCGAGGUGGAACUCACCAACAUCCAGAAGAAGUACUACCGCGCCAUCCUGGAGAAGAACUUCUCCUUCCUGGCCAAAGGUGCUGGCCAGGCCAACGUGCCCAACCUGGUUAACACCAUGAUGGAGCUGCGCAAGUGCUGUAACCACCCUUACCUCAUCACAGGGGCUGAGGAGAAGAUCCUGGAAGACUUCCGGGAGGUUUAUAGCCCCGGUGCCAUGGACUUCCACCUGCAGGCUAUGAUCCAGUCGGCCGGCAAGCUGGUCCUAAUCGACAAGCUGCUGCCCAAGAUGAAAGCUGGGGGCCACAAGGUGCUCAUCUUCUCCCAGAUGGUGCGCUGCCUGGACAUCCUGGAGGACUACCUCAUUCAGAGAAGAUACCUGUACGAGAGAAUCGACGGGCGUGUGCGGGGAAACCUUCGCCAGGCAGCCAUCGACCGCUUCAGCAAGCCCGACUCGGACCGCUUUGUCUUCCUGCUGUGCACCCGUGCCGGUGGCCUGGGCAUCAACCUGACGGCCGCCGACACCUGCAUCAUCUUCGACUCGGACUGGAACCCGCAGAAUGACCUGCAGGCCCAGGCUCGUUGCCACAGGAUUGGGCAGAACAAGGCGGUGAAGGUCUACCGGCUGAUCACCCGUAACUCCUACGAGCGCGAGAUGUUCGACCGCGCCAGCCUGAAGCUGGGCCUGGACAAGGCCGUUCUGCAGAGCAUGAGUGGCCGCGAGAACAGCGUGGGCGGGCAGAUCCAGCAGCAACUGUCCAAGAAGGAGAUCGAAGACCUGCUGCGGAGGGGAGCCUACGGGGCCCUCAUGGACGAGGAGGACGAGGGCUCCAAGUUCUGUGAGGAGGACAUUGAUCAGAUUCUCCAGCGCAGGACGAAGACCAUCACUAUCGAGUCCGAGGGCCGGGGCUCCACUUUUGCCAAGGCCAGCUUCGUGGCGUCUGGAAACAGGACAGACAUCUCUCUGGACGACCCCAACUUCUGGGACAAGUGGGCAAAGAAGGCGGAGAUCGACCUGGACACCGUUAACGGCAGAAACAGCCUGGUGAUCGACACCCCCCGGAUUCGGAAGCAGACUCGCCCGUUCAGCGCCACCAAGGACGAGCUGGCCGAGCUGUCAGAGGGCGACAGCGACAGCGAAGACAAGCCCAAGCUCCGGAGGCCGUACGACCGCCUCAACGGCUACGGCCGCACCGAGUGCUUCCGUGUGGAGAAGAACCUGCUGGUGUAUGGGUGGGGGCGCUGGAGGGACAUCCUGCACGGGCGAUUCAAGCGGCAGCUCAGUGAGCGGGACGUGGAGGCCAUCUGCCGAGCGCUUCUGGCCUACUGCCUGGUCCAUUACCGCGGCGACGACAAGAUCAAGAGCUUCAUGUGGGACCUGAUCGCCCCCUCAGAGGACGGGCGCACUCGGGAGCUGCAGAACCACCUGGGGCUGUCGACGCCGGUGCCCCGAGGGCGGAAGGGGAAGAAGAUGAAGGCCCAGGCCAGCUCCUUCGACAUCCAGAAGGCCGAGUGGAUCCGAAAGCACAACCCGGAACACCUUCUGCAAGACGACGGCUACAAGAAGCAUCUGCGACAUCACUGUAACAAGGUUCUGCUCCGGGUUCGAAUGCUUUACUACCUGAAACAGGAGGUGAUCGGCAACCAGGCCCAGAAGGUUCUGGGCGGCUCGGAAUCCAGCGAGAUCGAGAUCUGGGUCCCUGAAUUGGGCCACUCUGAGCUGCCCGCGCUGUGGUGGGACACUGGGGCGGACAAGAGCCUCCUGCUGGGGGUCUAUAAGCAUGGGUACGAGAAGUACAACACGAUCCGCGCGGACCCCGCCCUCUGCUUCCUGGAGCGGGUCGGCCGGCCCGACGAGAAAGCCAUCGCUGCCGAGCAGAGGGCCAACGAUUUCAUGGACGGUGAUGUGGACGACCCGGAAUACAAGCCUGCUCCAGCACUGCUAAAGGAUGACAUAGAGGAUGAUGCAUCUUCCUCCGGCGACUUGGUCAUUACCGACACUACUGGAGAAGGUGGCGCUGUGGCGGAGGGGGACUCUGCUUACUGGCCGCCGCCAUCUGCGCUGACGGCUCGCCUGCGGCGCCUCAUCACCGCCUCGCAGCGCUACACCAAGAGUCGGCAGAUCCUGCAGAUCCACCAGACGCAGCAGGCCCUGCCGGCCCCGCCCUCUGCUCUGCUGACGCCCACGCUCACGGACACCCUCAACCCCAAGAUGGCCGCCAAGAUGGAGCGGCAGCAGAGGUGGACCCGUCGGGAAGAAGCCGACUUUUACCGCGUGGUGUCCACCUUCGGAGUGGUGUUCGACCCCGAGGCGGGCCGCUUCGACUGGACCAAGUUCCGCGCCAUGGCACGGCUGCACAAGAAGACAGACGAGAGUCUGCGGAAAUACCUCUGGGCGUUUACGGCUAUGUGCCGCCGGGUCUGCCGCCUGCCGCCGAAAGACAUCGGCUUCGUGGAUCCCUCCAUCUCCAUCCAGCCCAUCACGGAGGAGAGGGCGUCCCGCACGCUCUACCGCAUCGAGCUCCUCCGCAAGGUCCGGGAACAAGUGCUGCGUCACCCGCAGCUCUACGAGCGCCUGGCUCUGUGCCAGCCGGGACCUGACCUGCCCGUGUGGUGGGAGCCGGGGCCCCAUGACCGCGACCUCCUGAUCGGGGCGGCCAAGCACGGCGUCAGCCGCACAGACUACCACAUCCUGCGUGACCCUGAGCUGGGCUUCACGGCAGCCCAGCACGCCUACAGCCAGCAGGCGGGGGCUCCGGGCCGCACUGCCACGCCGCUCCUUGCUCCUCAUGCCCAGCUCCCGUCAGCAGGGGGGUCCCCACCAGCCGGCACUCCCCAGCAGCAUGACGUCCCACCCAGGGUGCUCCAGGACGAGGUGACACCCAAGGAGGAGGCAUCAUCCGAGGACGAAAUCAGGGAGGGCAAAGUGCAGCCUGGGCACUGGAGCCCCCCAACAGGGCCCCCAACACCAUCCGGCCUGGAAGACAAGACUGGGCCCGCCAAGGGGGAGAGUGAGAGCCGCAUGGUGGCAGCCCGGACCAAACCCCUCACGCCCAACUCUGCGGCCAAGAAGCAGAAGAAGGCCAGCAAGCGGAGCCGGCGGGACGCCUCGGACUCCGACGGCUCCUCGUCCUGUUCCUCCUCGCGCUCUUCCUCCUCCUCAUCCUCGUCGUCCUCCUCCUGCUCGCGCUCCGGCUCCAGCUCUUCUUCCUCUUCCUCUUCGUGUUCCUCAGGUUCCUCGUCUUCCUCGUCCUCUUCCUCGUCCUCCUCUGAGGACAGUGAGAGCGAGGGAGAGGAGGAUGCCAAGAGAGUGCCACCGCCCCCCAAUGUGAAGGGCUUUGACGAAGACAGCGCCGCCUCCAUCAGCACCACGCAGGACGAGACACAGGACAGCUACCUCACUGAGAACGGCCUGCCUGGCUCCUCCAUCCCCUUCCAGGAGGGCUAUAUGCUGGCUGCCUCCUACUGGCCAAAGGACCGAGUCAUGAUCAAUCGGCUGGAUAGUAUUUGCCAGGCCGUGCUGAAGGGGGUGUGGCCUACAGCAAGGCGCACCUAUGAGGGCAAUGUGGUGUCCUCCUUCUACACCACCAAGCUGCUGGACCGGACCGCCGCCCCCCCUGAGGAACCCUCCGCCUCUCCUCAGAGGUCAAAGGACGGCUCUCUGAAGCUGACCUUCCAGAAACAGGCCGGACCUCAGAAGCGGCCCCUGGAUGCUGAGGACGGCCCCCUGGGCCAGCAGCAGUACCUGGCCCGCCUUCAGGAGCUGCAGAGCGCCUCGGAUGCCAGCCUGGCCGACUUCACCAAGCCUCAUCCAGCCCUGUCCCACGGCAUCAUGGGGCAGAUGAGGGUGAAUGGGACCGUGGACGGGCAGCCUCUCAUGAAAAAGAGACGGGGCAGGCGGAAGAACGUGGAAGGGGUGGACCUCCUGCUCAUGAACAAGGGCAGGGCCUCCGCAGUUUCGGACCAUGUGACCUCUGGUUGGUCUGGUGGCACCCAAUCCAGCCCAGUCGUGGCACCCGCUGUGGGGUAUGGGCAGACCCCAGUGGACCUGGAAAGCAGAGUCCCCGUCAUCAACUUGAAGGACGGCACGCGACUGGCUGGUGACGACGCCCCCAGAAGGAAAGACCUGGACCAGUGGUUGAAGGAGCACCCGGGUUUUGUGGCGGACGUGGGAGCCUUCAUCCCUGUGGCACAGGGAGUCAGCAGGAUGCAGUUUCCGGAUGGGCGGCCGAAGCAGAAGAGGCACCGUUGCCGCAACCCCAACAAGAUCGACGUCAACAGCCUGACAGGCGAGGAGCGUGUGCAGAUCAUCAACAGGAGAAACGCCCGCAAGGUGGGUGGAGCUUUUGCUCCGCCCCUGAAGGACCUGUGCCGCUUCCUGCAGGAGAACCCUGAGUAUGGUGUACCCCCCGAGUGGGCCGAUGUGGUGAAACAGUCGGGUUACCUCCCAGAGAGCAUGUUCGACCGCAUCCUGACUGGACCCAUCGUCCCCGAGGAGGUGAGCCGGCGUGGCCGGCGGCCAAAGAGCAUGCUGGGCAGGACGGCGGCGGCGGCUGCGGGCGGAGCCGGCGCCUCAGCCCUCGGCCUCAAACCCCUGCUGGCCAAUGGGCUGCUAUCGGGGGUGGACCUGUCCAGUUUGCAGGCCCUGCAGCAGAACCUCCAGAGCCUGCAGUCGCUGCAGCUCAGCGCUGCUAGCCUCAUGGGCCUGCCCAGUAGCGCCGGAGACGCCGCCAACCUGGCCGCCAUGUUUCCCAUGAUGCUCUCUGGUAUGGCGGGGCUGCCUAACCUCCUGGGAGCGGGCGGCCUGCUGGGCAAAAGCCAGGAUGGCACAGCAGGCGAGGCGGGCGAGGCCGAGGACGGGAAGAAGGGAAGCGCCGGCAGUGACUCCGCCCCCAAGGCCCCGCCCCAGCCCAUGGACGCUAAAGGUGAAAGGACAGAGGCUCAGAGCACCACCCCGUCUGCUUCUGGCAGCUCCGCCCCCCUAAGUGCUGCUGCCGCAGCAGGCUCCGCCCCCCCACUGGCACUGAACUCCUUGCUCCUCUCCGGCAUGCUGUAUCCCGGGCUGCUGCUUAACCCAGGCCUUAACCUCCCUGUGUCCGCGUCCCCCCAGCCCGGCGCGCCCGAGAAGCAGCGGCGGGGGGCCGACACGGAACGCGCCCCUCUCAGCUUGCCGGCUCAGGGAGCACGGCCGGCCGAGGCAGAGGAGUCCGGAGAGGAGGAGGACGAGGAUGAAGAGGACGAGGAUGAAGAGGAGGGGUCCACAGGACAUAGAGAAGAUAACAGUGGAGCAGAAGGGUCCAAUAAAGUAGAGUCUUCCUCUUCUGAGUCGGACAGCUCAUCUUCCUCCUCUGAAGACUCUGAUUCCAGCGAUGAAGACUGACCCCCAUGUACCCUUGCAAUGUAUAUGUAUGGAUAUAUAAAUUACCGUGCACUUACAUUGUAUUUUUUUUUUCUUUUUUGUAAAUAUCAAAACUAAAGUAUUGUGUAAUAAAGGAAAAAAAUUAAAAAGAAACUGUAUCUAGAGAAGCUGAAAUGAAUUUUCAGUGUUUGUUCAAAGGUACAAUAUUGUUUUGAGAGACAUUUUGCAUGUCAAACUUUAUUAGAUUUCUGAAAUUUGUGAACUUGUACUACACAAUAAUGUACAAUUGCAACAAAAAAAGAGGCAAAGGCAUUAUUGUUAUAAUUAUGUUGGGAUUUAAUUUUAUUAAAAAAAUAAUGCUCAAUGUGAACUGUACAUUUAAUAUAUUUGGAGUUGGGGGGGACUUUAUACAUAUUUUGGCUUAAGUUGUAAAUAAUUUUUCCAGAUCCUAAACACUUAUAAUUUACAGAUCGAGCUUUGGAAAUGUCAGCAAUAACUCGGGCAGCUAAUGAAUGUCAUUGUAGCUGUGCAUCCUGGACGUUAGCCAUUUCGUCUUUAGAGCCCUGGGGAACGAUGCGGCUCUUAUUUCCACGGUCGCCGUUUUUCAACCGUCUGUCUCUCUCUAAGCGACUCCUAAACUCCAAAUGAAGAAAAGCCCAUUUAGCUCUAACGGGAGAGGACUCAUCUUCAAGCACCCGGUUGCACCACACACUAAUUAGUGCGUAUGAUCUUAGUGUGUGGUGCUCCUGCUGCGGUAUUUGCCUACAGAAGUAUAGGAGUAGUCUGUUAUACUGAGCUACACCUCACCAACUCUGCUGCUGCACAAAAAUCCCAGUUGACUGCAGAUCACACUUUUUUUUUUCCCCCAAGUCUGCCGUGACUUGGAUACGAUACCAAGGUCUUACUGAAGGUCAAGAAGCUGGGGAUGAAACUCUUACCCAAUAUGUGCCAAAUUCCACUUCUGUCAAUGGAACAAUGGAAGAAAGGCUCUUAUUACAUUUUUUUUUUAAAAACAACACCGCUAAAUGCAUUUAAAAAUUCAGGUACAACAAAGUGUUCUGGAGACCCGUGGAAUGGAAGGGAAUUCCAGUGGGAUGGUUUUCCGGCUUUUACCUCACUUAGCGUGUGAGCGCGUGGCGUUCCUCGCCAUUUGCCAUUUUAUAGGACAGCCUCCAGCGUUCUGCACUUUUUCUAGAGACCGUUAGGGAAUCUCCUGCUUGGCAGAACCUUCCAUGGGUACACUGUGCGUUUCUGUUACCUUCUUGGUGUUCCUGUUUCAUCUGUCCCUUUCUGUGUUGUGUCUACGGCUACAUCCUGCACAGUCCUACUCCAAGCCACAAUCUCUUUUCCUUUGAGUGGAUUGGGUCCUGUCCUCCGGCUAAUGGUGCACAGGGGUUGUGCACCAUUUGAGGGCUUCCUAGUUCUUCAGAGAAAGCCCAGACCCAUCUCAGAUAGCAUCAGAGGUCAGUGUGAUGGGCUGCCACUGCCGUGGAAUUUCAGUACAGCUGGGCUGGGUUCAUCAAAGUGUAUAUAUAUAUAUAUGUAUAUUUUGGGGACUUAAAUGAUGCAGUUCUUAAUUGUAGUGAAAUGACAACUUGCUAAAAUGACCACUAGGACUUUUGUGUAAAAUACUUUUUGACUGUAUAGUGGUGCCAUGGUAGGGGUCCAGUUCCAUUUCACAGUUGGAUUUACUUCUUCUCAGGCGCGCAAAGUAAACAGGACACGCAGCACACUGUAAUACUUUUGCAUUUUGAAACGUCACACGACAUGUGACCUGGGUUAUGGAUCUUUGUAGUCCAGACCAACUCGGCGUUCGAUGAUCUUUGUUUUCCUUGGGCCGUACUUGGCUAUUUUGCAGUUCAUUCUGUAUGUUUUUGUUGUUGUUUUUUUUUUUCUCUCUUUUUGAGAAAUUUUCCUAUCCCGUUCAGUUAAUCGCUUAUGGAAUGGUUGUAUUUCAGCUGCACUGUGGAAAACUUUAUUUGUGGCAGUAUAUGACUAUGCUCACAACAUGCCUUUAUGUGUAUCUAGAGUUCUGCUGUGCAGGUUCUACCCUAGUAGUUCAGCUCCAGCUGUGUAAAAGGACUGUUCUCUAGUAUCUAAUAUCUAUUUUAUUUGUGUAUGUGUAUAUAUGCAUACACGCACACAAAUAUGUGUUUUUUCUGGCUAUAGACACGCCAGCACCCUCCAUCUGUAACAUCAAUGUUGAACUGGUUUUUGUAUAAUUACUGAAACAUAAUAAAUAUAUUUAGCUAC